AUGGCGGCGCUCAGGCGCAUCACGCUGGGUCCUGCCGCCGCCGCCGCGCUGCUUCGGGCUCAGCCGGGAGGAGCCGGGGCGGGCGCGGCUGCGGGGCGGCGCUGGGUGCGGGCGCUGAGGCGGAGCCCGGUCCGCGUGCUGCCCCCGCGCAAAGAUCAGAGAGCGGCCGCCCAGGCCGGGCGGGAACCCGCGGAGCCGAAGGGAGCCCGGCUGUGGCCGGCCCCGGAGAAGAGCCCGGCCGGGCAGGGGCUGCGCUUCGAGAAGGCGGAGCCCGGAGACAGGAGGUUGGGAAAAGUGGUGACAAUUGCCAAGUCGAAAAAGUUUCGCGAUCAGCAUGGGAAGAUUCUGCUGGAGGGUCAGAGACUUAUCAAGGAUGCCCUGGACGCUGGAGCAGUGCCCCAGACUCUCUUCUUCAGUACUGUGGGGCACCUGAAGGAACUGCCUGAGGAAAAGCUGAAGAAAACCACUCUAGUUAAGGUGAAGUUUGAAGACAUUAAGAACUGGUCUGACCUCAUAACUCCUCAAGGGCUGAUAGGAAAACAGUCUUACGCAGACUCCAGCAGUACUGCUCCUCACCCGAUCUUCAGUACUUCCGGUUCCACCACAAAAGUAUCAGUUAAAUCAGAAGUGAUUAAAACAGGAAUCUUUUCCAGACCUGACCAUGCCAAGAUGACUUACCCAGCUGUCCAGCAACGGAAUUCGCUGCCCCUGUCCCUUAUCUGUGACAAUCUCCGCGAUCCAGGAAACCUGGGGACUAUACUGAGAUCUGCAGUUGGAGCAGGCUGCAGCAAAGUGCUGCUCACCAAAGGCUGUGUGGAUCCGUGGGAGCCCAAAGUGCUUCGUGCAGGCAUGGGGGCUCACUUCCGCCUGCCCAUCAUUGCCAAUCUGGAGUGGGAAUCCAUUUCCAACUAUCUUCCCACAGACACACAGGUCUACGUGGCCGACAGCCGCGACCCAAGAACACAGGACAAGAUGGAGGAUGGGUCGGGAAAGGCCAGGUCGGGAAAGGCCAGCAGCUAUGGUUGGGUUUCCAGACCUCACAACUUGAAGGCUCCGAUAGGCAGAGAGGACUUGGCUUUUGAUUCAGAGAGUGAAGAGGAGGAGCAGGGAACAGAUGAGGCUUGGUUCCCAGAACUUGACACUCAAUGUUACCACGAGAACUGGACACGGGCUCCAGCAGCAGCGGUGGUGAUUGGUGGGGAGACCCAUGGUUUGAGCACAGAAGCACUUCGGCUAGCAGAGAGCACGGGGGGGAAGAGACUGAUUAUUCCUGUGGUCCCAGGUGUGGACAGUUUGAACUCAGCCAUGGCCGCGAGCAUCCUGUUGUUUGAGGGGAAGAGACAAUUACAGUUGAGAGAGAAGCAAGAGAGCAAAGGACAGAAGUUCCCUGCCUUGGGCUAAACUGUGCAGGAGACCAUUCUGCACAGAAAGAGCCUCCUCUUCUGUAUGUUCCCAUGCAGGCAGCUUGCAGAGGAAUCAAUAAAAUCACAGGUUUUGCAACUGC